CAUGAUUCAGGGCUGCACUGUUUAUUUUCCGGUUAGCUCAUAGCUAGCUGGGCUGUCGUAGCCAACAUGUACACUCACGGCUCAGAAAGCUUAAUCAAACAAGCAAGGGAGAUCCAAGAGUCUGAGCUGGAGAAGUUUUACAGCAGAUUAAUCAAGUUGCUCCAAGGGAAAGAACUCGGCCAUGAGACUGUUGACUGUUUGCAAAGGCUGCACCUCAUCCUUUCUGCCACCAAGUAUACCAGGACGUUGCCCCCAGACCUUCAGAAAAGGCUGAGACUGCUCCUUUCUUCACCUGUGGAGCAGCUUCAGGUGUUGAGCUCAGCUGUGCUCAGGGAGACGCUGCCCCUCGCUGGCGAGGAAGCGAACUACAGCCAGGACAGCAACAGUCAACAGAAUAGCCACACUGCUGCCCUCCUGCUAGCUCAGGCUGGAUCCCGAGAUGAUCUGUCAUCUCUAUGCGCUCAGUUCCUACGCGGACUGGAAAACCGACCCUCAGAAGCACCAAAUCAUUCACUCACGCACACCCUGCCAAUUGUCAACACUAUCCUCUCGCACAGCCCCGAUUGCCUCACUGAAGAUCAUGUGACCCUCCUGAGUAAAAAGCUUGUCGAUUGGCUGCGCUAUGCGAGCACCAUGCAAGGGGGCGGUGCUUCCUCAGGAGGAUUUUUCACAGGACACAGGUCACGUCAGCCGCUGCCGAUUGCGGAGCUGGAUGGGACGGUGUCAGGAGAUUUCUUCACAGUGCUGUGUGUUGGUCAAGGUUUUACUGACGACCAGUGGAUGAACGUUUACUCCUUUUCCAUGCUGCGCCAUUGGCUUCUCACCUUCCACUCUGUGUCCAGUGACUCCAUAGCAGACACGGCAAACAGGUUACAGCUAAGUCUGUCCCUCUCUCAUUCCUUUUCUAAUGAUGAUAGGUCGGAGAUAGACGGAUCCGUGGUUUCCAUGGUGUCCGCCACUUCCUCCUCCAGCCGCUUGCUGCCUCCCAAGGAGCGCCUGAGAGAGAAGGCUUUCCAGUACUGCCAGCGCCUCAUCGAACAAAGCGAUCGCAAGGCCCAGAAAAGGACAGAUACAGAUCUACAGAAAGCUUGUCUGGUGGAGGCGGUGUGUAUCCUGGACUGCGUGUGUGUCGAGGAUGCCUCCAUGGUCUACCGGGCGUUCCCGUGCAUUAAGGCGCUCUUUGGUCGUCUCAGCUCAGACUUGUCAUUUGCCAGAGUCCUGCUGCCUGUAGCGCAGUUUUACCUCAAUCACGGCGAGAUGGCCGCCGUAGACUGUGGGGCCGUGUGGAAACUGGUGUUUGGUCGCUUCCCCGCCGAGCUCUUCAACGACCCUUUCCUGGCACACGAGCUCCUGCGCUUUCUUCGGCUAAACCUCGAGAGUGUGCAGAUCCGUGUUCCCCACUACACGUGCUAUUUCCCAAACCUGCUCAAGUUCUUAGCCUGGGACAGCCCUGCAGUGGUGGAUGACUUUGUUGAUCUGCUGCCCUCUCUGGUGACAUGUGGAACUGCUUUGGAGCUGCUGCACACUUUGCUGGACCUGCCCUGUCUCUCUGCUACUCUGCUGUUGCAGCUCAGGUCAGCGUGUCUGCCCAUUUCCGAGUCAGGAGGGCGCAGCCUGGCAUCAAUGGAUGCAUUCCGGAAUCCAUCUUUCCGAGGGCUGUUCCUCUUUCUACUUCGCGGUGAAGCAGGCUCAGGUGACACAAUUGACCGACUAAGCACGCUCCUCGAGCUGCUGUCCGAGGCUGCUGAUUGGCCGAGAGUCGUUCAGUGUGCCCAGGCCGUCCCUGUUCUGUUGCACAUUUUCUUCAAUACGGUCAUCACGGUGGCUGAUAAAACACUUUUAGGACAAGUGAUCCUGGCUCUGCUGGAGAGAAGCAGCCUCCUUCUCAACAUCCCUGAAUACAUCAAGGAGAUACACAGGGUGUUCAGCCGCCAGCUGCUAAAGCUGUGCAAACUCCACCCUUCUCUGGUUCUGGACCAAUCGCACGAGCUGCUGGACUUGGCAGGAGCCACAUCCAACGUAUACGGCAAAGAAGAGAUCUACACGCAUGUGGUGUGGGUGCUUGGGGAGUACCUGUCUGCGUCAUAUGACUCCCGCUGCUCGGUGAGGCUCAUCACUUCCUGUUUUGAGGCGCUGGAGGCAGUGCUGUUUGAGAUCACGUCAUCUGCCUCGCCCCCGGGAGGAGGCUGCCCCGCCCCUCGGGUCAUCACCACCCUAAUGAACGCCUUGGCUAAGCUGGCAUCACGAUCACAUGACCUCAUCCCCAGGGUCUCUCUCUUCCUCUCCAAGCUGAGAAACGUACCCAGAGGCAGCGCCGUUUCUUGGUGCACCGACGAAGAGGACCUUGUUUCCAUAGUGACCCUCGGGGAGGAGCUGUGCUCGCUGCUGAAGACGCCCGGCGUGGCUCAGAGCGUCCUGAACCCGCCCCCGCACAUCACCACGCCCCAGUGGCACCGAGACACCAACGUGGCCAUGCCGCUGCAACUGCGAGCACUCACCAGACUCACGCAGGCACACACGUCGCACGUGCAACACACACCCGCUUCUCCGUCUGCCUACACGGGCGUAUAAGCGAAACAUCACUUGCAUACAAACUGGUUGCACGUUUUGUAAAUACAUACCCUUCACUGUGAUGAACAAUCACAAAAGACACUCGCCAAUCAGUGUAAUAUAUAUUAUCUCUUCUUUAUUCAUGUGAUUUAUCAGAAAUAAAAAUGUACAAAAUAGAUCAUCUGAAAAAAAUACAGUCUAUGGCCAGUAAGAAAAUAAGUGGCAUGUUUGUAUAUCAACAUCUAGAGGAGUUUGGGAAAUAGAAAGUGCAUACAGCUUUGACCAAAAUAUGUUACACUUGAUCCACAGCAACAAGAACUCCUCUUUGAACGCUCCAUCUUUACUUUAAUUGGAUUGUACAUGACCUUGACACUCACUGCACUCAUUUUAAUUGCUUAAGUUGAGAGAAACAGUACAUUUGUCGACAACUGAGAAUUGCAUACAGUCCGUGUCGUAAUAUUUGAAGUGUUUGGUGUGUGUGUGUGUAUUCAGCAUUUUGAUAUGUUAUUCAGCUCUUCAAAAUGAACAAACCUUCAAAAUACACAGCAGCUAUACAUUUUGGCACAUUGUUAUUGGAAGGUAUACUAAAUAUGUUAAGAUUUGUUCAACCUUUUCAAAGAAGGCUUAUCUUUAAAAGAAAAAAAGAUGGAUGAGGUCGGUGUCACAACUCUAUUUAACUUGCUGCAGAUGACCCUAAGGCAGACCCUCCUAUCAUAUUUCUUCGUGGGACAGAUGCCUGACGACUCAUUGACGACCAUUAUCUUAAAAUUAUCAUCGUAACUCCUCCUCUGUUGUUUGUUGACCUGCCAAAUUUUUGAGACACUUUUUUUUCCCCCAGCAAGUCUCUGUCACAGCUGCAUCGCUCCAGGUUACUGGUGUGUGUGUGUGUGACAGGAAGAAAAGAACACAUUUACUUGGGGGAAAGUCAUUUGGCGCCACCUGUUGGUAUGUACAGUGUCUAGCCCAUGAAUAUAAGAAAAACUGGUAUUUUUCAUUCUUUUUUCUACGGGGAAAAAAAGGCUUAUAUAAUCUUAUAUUUGGGUCCGUUUGUAUGGCCAUGUUCUUCUGAACAUGCAAAUGAAUGAAGCAAAAUAACUACUCAACCUAUGAUGAUCAUAGUAUGAUUAGUCCUCCUGAAAUGAUUACAGAGGCAAAAUUAGAGUUCAUUUUAAACUCACUGGGACUACUUUGGGUUCGUGGUUUAUCUUCUGGCCUACAGGGAGUGCCCUGUGAUGUGGAACUGUACCAACUGUGUCUUCCUGUAACUUAGGAUGGGAUGGGUGCUCUCAGCACGAGAGGCAGGUCUUCAUCACCUGGAGGUCUCCUGAAGAGGCCUGGGCAAGUAGAGGUACCUCCAGAUGGCGUAGUAGUGAAUGCCCGCUCCGGCUGCCACGAAAAGAUGCCAAAUGGCGUGGGCAAACGGUACCAGGCCGUCGCUCUUGAAGAAGACCACACCCACCGCGUAGAAGACUCCUCCCAUGGCGAGUUCACACACACCUGCGUGGUCCACCUUCAACAUGUAUGCAUGGCAGGUUGAAAAACAUACACACCGUGACACUUGUUUAGAUACAGCUGCACAAUCGAGCUGGUAAAAAUAUCGACUGAAAAAAAUCUGCCUCUACUAAGAUAAUGCUGUGUUUUAACAGACGCUACUAAGAGGUAUUUUAAUUGCUUAUUCAGCUACAUGACAGAGCCAAAAUAUUAGGUACAGCUCUCAGUAGCCAGUUGAACACCACUGCAAAGUACAACCACAAUUUUAUUAUUAAAAAAAUAUAUAUACACACACAUAUAUGUAUAUGUACAUAUAUGUAUUGUUGGCAUAUAAUAAUACAAUAUAAAAAACAAUAUAAUUAUAUUUGUAUAUUUUUCAAUUUACUAUUCAUUAAUUAAUAUUAUAUGACGCUUUAUAUUUAUUAUAUUGAAUAAUAAUAUAAAAAUAUAUAUACUACAUUAUAUUUUUAAAUACACAUUAUAUAAUAUUUAUAACAACAAAUUAUAAUAAUAUAACAUAUCAUAUAACAUUAAUAAAAUAUAAUAAUAAAACAAUAAUAUAUUACUAUUUUUUAUAUAAUUAAAAAAAAUUAUUUAU